AGUGAGGAGGAAGAACUCCACUGACAGAAACUUGCUCUGUGUUACUGAAACAGGACUCGGUGUAGAGUUGGAUCGUGACAGUUUUUGUCUAUUUGAGAAUGUUUAAUGUUUCUGUGAAGAUGUACUGAAGAUAAAGACAGGAUGGAAGUGGAGGAGUCUGGUGAAACAAAGACUUCCUGGUGCACAAAUCCAGAUGAGAGACACAUCCUCUGUGAUCAUGCUGGGAAAAAGAGAAAACAAGACCAGGCCCCUGAACCUGUGAUCAGAAUCACAGAGGAUGAAGAAGAAGAUGAGGAGGGGGAAAUAAUGUCUGACCACAUGAAGGACUCUGAGGAGCCCUGUAAUAAGAGGGUCAAACCAGUGGCUAAGUCUAACAGCCUCACAGGGGUCAUAACCCCUGUGAAGACCCCUGCUCUGAAACGCAUCGGGCAGUCCAUUUCGCGCUCAAUCAGUUUUCGCACAGAGGCUCGACCAUUGCCCCCCACCCCACUGCGCUCUAAGAAGGCCUCAUCGUUUCCACGCAGACGAAACAGCCAAUGCUGGAGCGACACUGUGGAGAGUCAUGACCUCACUGCAAAAGAGAUCAAACGGCAAGAGGUGAUCUAUGAACUCACUCAGGGGGAGCGACAGCUCAUUGAUGACCUCAGUCUGGUCAAGAAGGUCUACUAUGAGCCCAUGCUGAAGUUGGACAUCAUGACAGAAAGCGAGCUUGGACAGAUCUUUGGCACACUGGACUCUCUCAUCCCUCUUCAUGAAGAUCUACUGACUCGUCUGGAGCGGCUGAGGGGAUCAGAGAAGACAGUCGGAGAGGUGGGGCCUACUCUUAUGAACUGGUUUCCCUGUCUGGAGGCCUAUGUAACAUACUGCUGUAACCAGGUAGGGGCCAAAGCUCUGCUGGACCAGAAAAAACAUGAGAAAAGAGUAGAGCACUUCCUGCGCUUGUGUCAAGAGUCUUCGUUCAGCAGGAAACUAGACCUGUGGAACUUCCUGGAUCUUCCUCGCAGCCGAUUGGUCAAAUACCCGCUGUUACUUAAAGAGAUACAGAAGUGCACACCUCCAGAGCACCCGGAUGAGGACACGUUACCUGAUGCUUUAGACUUGAUCCAGAGCAUUGUGGGGGAGGUGAAUAAGAAGACUGGGGAGGCUGAAUGUCAGUUCUACAGACGAGGUCUCAGCUACCUUGAUGAGAGUCAAAGACUCCCAGAGAUCCAGCAGUCCCGCUUCCUGUACUGCCACGGAGAGCUCAAGAACAACAAGGGUCAGCGGCUGCAUGUCUUCCUGUUUGAGCUGGCACUGGUUCUGUCUAGGCCGGGGGAGGACAGGGACGGAGCUCAGGUGUUCAACGUGUACCGACAGCCUCUGCCCAACGCCCUGAUCAAUCUGGAGGAGAUCCCAGAUGGGGAGGCUGCCGGAGGGGGCUCCUUCAGGGGAGCAUUUACUGGAAAUGACAAAGUGAGAAACUGUUUCCGUGUAAGCAGCAGAGGGCGCUCCAAAGCUCACCCUUACAGCCUGCAGGCCAACGACUCCUUCAGCAAACAGCAGUGGAUCACCUGUCUGCGGCAGGCCAUCGUCCAGUCCCGAGACCGCACAGCUCAGACCAGCCAGUCACAGCUCUCCCUUCACCCUGAUCCCGCCCUGUGUCACAUAGCCGACCUCAGCCUCAGCUCGGACACGGACAUGGCAGAGCAUACCAGCCGCUGACUGUGUGUGGACUGAUCACAGAGGCCUCUGGGUGCCUGUGCAUCUGUAUAUUGACUUUUUAGGAAAUAAAAUAUGGACUACGUGGUACUGAUCUGUAUGGUUAGAUGUCUGCAUUGAAUUUUCCACUUUGAUGGUUUUCUUCGUUUUUAAGUUUUGAUUUUAGUUUUGGUUUUAUGAUUGUGGUGAAGUGUGCCUCACACUCUUGGACAGUAUUACUGAAUGUGAAUUUCCUGUAUACAUUUUUGUCUUUUUUUUAAAUAAACUGACACUCAAA